UGCUUUUAGAGAUAAAUGGAUCUGACACAACUUUUCCUCUUCCUCUUCCUCCUCUUUUGUCCCGACACCUAUUCUCUGCAUGUGUGUUGUCCUGCAGGUCUUGGCGGGGUUACGGGCAAGGUGAUAAAGGUCGAGGGUGGGGGCACCAACAGUGGCAGCAGCACUAGUCCAAGUUCUAAGGGCAGAAAGGGCAGGCCCCCCCUUCGACGCACCCUAAGCAGCCCCGGUUAUCUGUCAGGUAGCAAGGACCAGCGAAGCCUAAGUGUGCCUGACGACUGCCUGACGCUCGACCCGCGGAGCUCCUCGCCGCGAGACGGGAAGAAGGAGAGCUCGAAGUCCGCCCCGAUCUCCCGGUCCUCCAGCAGACGGAUUGGCACUGCAGGUAGUAAGGGUAUUGGGAGUGCUCUACUGGCUAUUGGCUCGCAUCAAGGCUUUAUGGCCGCGGAUCCGGAGAAGAUAAGCCUGGCGGGCGGCCUUACCACCGGCGCCUCGCUGUCCGACGGCGACGCGAAGGAGCGCCAGGACGAUGACCUCGACUACCUGGUGCUGCCAGUGAGCAACGUCGGCAAGGGCCUGGAGGGCACGGACGCCGUGGCGCUGGACAUGAGCACGGUGGUGGACGACGACGACCUCAAGAUCGCGAAGCCGAAGAAAACGUUCCGGUUACCUGCGUCGCUGAAAGCACGUCUGGCGGUCAAAAAGAAGCCGGUGAUCACGUGGCGGCCGUACGAGCGGCAGAUAAGCUUGGACCAAAUGCCACAGAUCACGCCGGAGGAGAUCAAGUACCGUCUCGCGGGCGAAAUCCAGGGCAGGAUGCCCGAGGAAUUGCCCGAGCACCUGCCCGCGGGCGAGUUCGAGGACGAGUGCGCCUUCAUGUGGCGAACCAUCGACGACGACUCGGAUUCCUUGAAGACCGCCAUGUCGACGCAGAGCGAGGACCACCGCUACGACGCCGCCACCCCGGACACGGGCGUCUUGUCUCACUACCGGGACAUCAAGCCCAACCAGACGGAGAAGAAGCAGGACUGCCCGCUCAUGGCCCGGAUUCCUCCGCGGCCAGCCCCUCGCCGUUCGCUGCGACGAGCGCGCUACAAAACCCGGGGCCGCAUGCGGUGCUGCUCCUGCUCACUGCCGCUGCUGAGUUGCCCUCCACGCGGCAGCGUCAUCAUCCUUCCAAAUCUGGUGAAAAGUAUUAGUGAAAACUCAGUGUUCCUCGAGGUGGCGACGCGGCGCCUCAGCUCGCACACUCGAUCUCAGGACAAGUCCCAGUACACGACCAAGUCACAGUCACAGCACUCCCAGCACUCUAUCAGCUUGCCCUCCUCCAAGUUAACAGUUAAUGGUAGACAAUCCUGCUCGAGUCUAGGCCAUCAGGAGUCCCAGUGACGUCACAGAAAUCCCCGACUCCGUUAGCAGAGUUCGGUGGCGUCGUAGAAAGAGCGGGCUCAGUUCAGAGGCGUAAGUGAGGAAGAUGUCGAUGAUACGCGAAUGUGGCCUCGGCUAGAUUGAGUCAGCAUAUUCCAUUUCUUACUGUUGCAACUGAAAGUGUGUGUGAUAUAUGUACGAGACAAAGGGAGAAGGGAAAAUACAAAAAAUGUAUAACCAAUGUAGUGAUGUCAACCUUACCUUGCUCUGUUGUUGAUUUAUCUGUUGAAGUCUUUAUUGCAAGGUUAUGUUAUAUUCUCUGAGACCGUCGUCAUUGUUAUUUUAUAUGCACUUGUUUGUGUACCACAUGGAUAACAGGCUAUGGCCUCUAAAUAUUUGUAUAUAGUGCAGUUUUUUUACUCCUCCAUUGUGUUGUUUUUGUACGAUUUAAUGACUCGUGUGAUCUCCCUUAUCACAUUUUAUACUUAUAUCAUCACUGGUGAUAUUCGGUUAAUAUUUGAAUCAAAUGAAAGGCUGAAGGAGCGCGGUGAUUGGUUGGUUUUCCGCCAAUCGUCGACAUGCCAUCAGCCCGUUUGAUCAGAGAUCCCAAUUCUUUCUUUUUCUUCUUUUAUCUCUUUUUUGUUAGGAAUUUCAAAGUCUUAUAUUAUUCCUCUGAUCGAACCACAUUCAUUAUUUUUUAUCCUUGUUUAUGUUAGAUUUUAUACUGUGUAAUGUACGAGGCAUAUUGGAGACACCAGAAGCUAACUCCCAACUCAUUUACUUCAAUCUUGCUCAAUCAACCUAGCUGACAAAACAGACGUCAGCUGACAAAGUUGACGUCAGCAAAUCACAUCCACAGCAUCAGUAUUACUCAGCUGCGUUAUCUGUUUCGUGUGACUUUUAUCUGCGAAUAAAUGUAACACAUUCGAAUAAGUACACAACAAUUCAAAAGGAAUAAAAUAAAAGACGAAAAUACAAUACCGUGUUGACAUGACGAUGGAUGAGGAACACAAUACAUCCAACACAAACGAGAAUUGGAUGUAUUGCUGGUUUCGCGUUUAACAUUACUGGAUGAUAACCUAUAGUCCAAUUCACUCCCUAAAAUCGCAGAGGAUGUUUUAAACUCUUGAAAAAAAAAACUAUUAAUGAUUAAAAGAACAACAAAAUCUAAACCCAAAUCCAUUCAAAUUCGUCGAACGCAAAUGAAAAAUUUAAAAAGAAAAACGAACUCAAAUCAAAUUGCCUUUUCUUUAACAAAUUCACUGAAGGAAAAUCUAGCACAGUUUACGGCGUCUUCGUCUCUUCUAGUGUUAAAACAUUCCAGAUUUUGCUCUCUUGGGCUGUUGAUAUUCUGAAAAUAAAUGAUUUUGAGGGAUU